AUGGUCAACCUUGAGGUCCCUACCAAUUACACAUUCUCGCCAUCUGAGGGUACGCCCCAUUUGACAAUCAAUCAUGAUGUGGCUGCAGAUCUAGACUCCAGCAAUGCCUUUGAAGGCCCGGAGAAGCUGCUAGAGGUUUGGUUCGCGCCGAGCCCCAAAGCUCUUCCGUCUGGUGUCAAGGAGAAUGGCUUGAAGGCUGUCUCCAAGGAGGCUUGGGUCGGGGUGCUGGACAUGGUCAACUGCAAGAUCCUCUCUGUUCUCGAGGCUGAGCAUAUGGAUGCCUACCUGCUUUCCGAGUCAAGCAUGUUUGUUUUCCCUCACAAGCUGAUUCUAAAGACGUGCGGAACCACUACCUUGCUUCUCGGACUUCACAGGCUGCUCCGAAUUGCUGCUGAGUUUGCGGGUUUUCCCUUCCACAACGCCAAAUCUCUGGACGAUAUCCAUGCUGCUGCGUCCCCAUACCGGGUCUUUUACUCUCGCAAGAACUUCCUGUUCCCCGACAAGCAGCGCGGUCCACACCGCAGCUGGAAGCAGGAAGUCAAGUACCUUGACGAUAUGUUCGAGGGUGGAAGCGCAUACAUGGUUGGGAAGAUGAACGGCGACCACUGGUACUUGUACAUCACUUCUCCCGAGACGGCCUUGACGCCGCCACGUACUCCAGAGUGCGAGAAGACUCCCACAGCACCAGUCAGCACGUUCAAGAUUCCCACCAGCCUCGCUUCCACUUUCAACGGCGGGAUGGAAAGCAACGACGAGACUCUCGAGAUACUUAUGACGGACCUCGAGCCCGAGAAUGCGAAGAAAUUCUACCUGGAACACGCGAGUGCGGUCGCGAGCACCAGGUACCCUACGCAAGCUCAGGAGGCUCGCCAGUCGGCUGCGGAUAGUCUCGGCGACUUGGCGGACAGCACAAUUACCAUCAACACAAACAGUACGGUUGACACCAUGUGUGACGAGGCGCUCGACGUCUUCGAUAAUGGCAGCGACUCGGAUCUCCAUGACUCACAUACCCCAAUGUCCGAGCCAGUCGAUACUGAGGGCCUUACAACCGAAGGUCAUGCGCUGGGAACGGUUGUCUCGGAUGCAUGUGGUCUCUCGGACGUGUACCCCACCUCCAAGUAUCCGGAUGCUCGCAUAGAUGCCUAUCUAUUCUCACCAUGCGGCUUUUCUGCCAAUGGCAUCAUUCCUGCACCUGAGAAGCAUAACAACAACGAUGGCGCCAAGUCGACUCACUACUUCACUGUACAUGUCACUCCAGAGCCAAUCUGUUCUUUUGCUUCCUUCGAGACGAACGUUCCAGGAGGCCAGAAUGGUCGUGAGACGUCAGAGAUAGUUGAGCACGUGGUUGAGAUCUUCCAACCCGGUCGAUUCAGCAUCACUCUUUUUGAGGCCAAGCCUACCCCAGCUUUUGGCUGUGACGAGGUUCCUGCUUGCGUUGGUCGCAGCAAGCGAUUGGAGAAGAUUCAAGGCUACCGACGAAUUGACCGGAUCGUUCAUGAUUUCGAGGAUUAUGAAUUGGUUUUCCGAUUCUACGAGCGCGAGGGCUGGGCCGGUGGAAGCGGGGUUCGAGUAGGAGAGGAUAUGUAG